AUGAGCACCCACCUCACGCCUUCUCCUCCUGGAGGUAUAAAACCACCACCCUUCGUACCCAGUCCAUUUCCCUCUUCGUCCACUUCGCCCUUGUCCACCACUUCCUCCUCCUCUCCCGGAGAAAGAUGGGUUCCGGUUCUAUCCUGCAAGUGUUAUUUCGGACUUUCCGAAUUCUUGUCAACAUUAAAGACAAUAUCUCUACAUCCCGAAAGAAAUUCAAGUUUGAUUCUACGUGCUGAUACUCUACCGCCCCCACCAUCUCAAUCACCCAAUCAGCGAAGCAAUAAUUUGAAAAAUAUUAACUUGAGUGAUGGACUGGAAGCAGAAUUACAAUUGGAUUUAGUAGAUGAGUUGAAAGUGAAAUUAUUACCUCGUCAACCAAGACGAGAUAAUAGUGUGAAUCAAACCAUCUCAUUCUAUAGGACGAAUGAGCAGGGACAUUCGUACCAGGCUCGAACUACCAAAGGAAAAGAGAAGGAGGUUGAAGUAGAUCAAGACAAAGGGAAGAGGGAAAUGGGUUUAGUGAUUAUUCAACCUGAAGUAAAAGAUCAAAAUGAUAUACCGUACUAUCAUCCGAAAGUAGAAAAGUUAGCUUAUAUUUGGGAAUCUCUACCUCAGACUGUGAAUAGUAAGAGCGAAAAGGGAGAUGAUGAAAAUAAAGAGAUGAUAGGAGAGGGGAGUGAGAUGAAGGUAGAAGAACAUGAAGUGAAAGGUAUUAUAUCGAUUCAUUAUUUACCUUUUGAUGGACCUUCAUCCAAACCUGCCCAGGACAAUAUAGUCAAUGGUUUAAAUGAUAUGUCGAUAAAUGGUAAUCUGCCGAGCUCGCUUCUACCUUCACCUCAUCCGACCAAACCUCGUAAGAGAUCACCCCUAGCUGGGCCUUCUAUCGAUAAAAGUCAAUUUGUAGAACCUGUCAGACCUCCAGCAACGAUAUUGAUUGAGGCAGAAGGGGUAAAUUCACCAACAACGCAGAAGACGGGUACUAUAAGAACUCCCACACCAGAAGGUAAAGAACGAUUGUACAGGACUUGCUUGGCUUUGUUGGAAACGUUGCAUAAACAUGGGUAUGGACAAUUGGUAGGGUAUCAGAAGAGGAGAGUACAUGAUCUAAUCGUACCACGAGAUAAUUUCCAGGAUCUCUAUCUUACAUUGAAAGAUCGUCACAGAUCUUUAGAUUCUCGUGCACCGAGAUCAGAUGGGCUGGUAACCAAAUUGGAAGAUGUCAAAAGACAUGUUUGGAAGGGUAUACCCUUACCCAAUGAUCCGUCUCUUCCGACGACACAGGUUGACCUUUCAGAAUGGGGUGAACAGGAUAUCGCUAUCGCCGCUUUCUUGAUGUUACUUUGGAAAGAUAUGUAUCCGCCUAUCUCGAGUCGUGGACCGGAUGGGUUAGGGAUACAGGAAGAAGAGAGGGAAUGGGAUACAUGGGGUAGACCCGAAAAUGGGUUUAUAGAUUUAGGAUGUGGAAAUGGUUUAUUGGUCCACAUACUGAUAUCAGAAGGAUAUCACGGUAAAGGAUUUGAACUACGUUCGAGACGUACUUGGCCUACUUACCCAAUCAAAACACAAGAAGCUCUAGUGGAAUUACCAAUAGAUCCUCCUUCUUGGUUUCCCGAUACCAUCCAAGAAUGGGAAUCUGGGAUGUGGUUAGGUGAAGAGGGAUGUAUAAUCGAAGAAAAUACGUUUCUGAUAGGUAAUCAUGCGGAUGAAUUAACUCCAUGGAUUCCUCUCCUAUCUCUCAUACCAUCCACGCCCGUCCCUCAUCUCUCCUUGCCAUGCUGCUUCCAUGCUCUCGAUUCGGCAUUCACCGUACUGCAAUUUACUGCGCCCGAUCAUCCACAUACACCGAAAGGUGGGUUCGAGAACGGCUUGGAACCUGGUGUCAGCAGGUAUCAAUCGUACCUCGUCUGGCUAGGCUGGGUGGGGUUGAAAUGCGGCUGGGAGUGGGAAAAGGAAGGGCUGAGAGUACCCAGUACGAAAGGUUGGGGGAUCGUUGCAAGGAAACGAUGGAGCACACCUUCUGAGGACAGAGAAUGUAGAGAGUGGGCACUGGAGCAGGUCGAACAGGUUAGAAGGAAUGGUCAGUUCAAGGUUCGUGAGAAGGAGGGUAAAGAACAUUAG